GUGAUCAUAAAUGACGUCACAUGAACAGUAAUCCUCCCGCGAAGAGCUGAAAGAGCAAAUACAACCUGAAGAAGGACAAUAUUUUCACGGCUUUUUCUCUGCUUUUACCAUGGAAAAACGACAUCUCUCACCGUAUUAGGAGCACUCAGUCUGAUAAUGGCUAAAGUUUUGAUCCAGACGUCUCCAUCAGAUGCUAACAAGCCAUAUCAAAGGCAUGACAGCCAGUCUUCAGAUGGUCACCCCUUUCUGUUUACUGACAUAGCUCAUAGUAGAGAUUUUGUCAACAACUUGUGUUUAUUAAGGCAACAUGAGGAAUUCUGUGACAUGGUGCUGAUGGUGGGCAAUAAGUCUAUCACCACUCACAAGGUUGUUUUAGCAUCAAACAGUCCAUACUUUAGGGCAAUGUUCACAGGUGGUCUGCUAGAGAGUCGUCAGAGUACUGUCACACUUCAAGAGCUAGAGGAAUCUGCCAUGGAGGCCAUGGUAGAUUUUUUCUACUCUGGCAAAAUACAGAUUUCAGAACUCAAUGUACAGGAUCUUUUACAUAUUGCCUGCUUAUUACAAGUGCAGUCUGUUAAAAAAGCUUGUUGUGAGUUCCUUAAAAGACAGCUAAGCCCAGAAAACUGCAUUGGUAUUUGUGCACUGGCAGAUGCCCAUUCUUGCAGGGAACUUUUGACCACAUCUGAGUUAUUUGCAAGAAAUCAUUUUGUAGAAGUUGUACAAGGUGAAGAAUUUAUGGAAAUGUCAGCUAAACAGCUAGCACGGUUGGUGUUAGAAGAUGAACUCAGUGUUCAUUCAGAAGAGAGGGUAUUUGAAGCUGUUGUUGCAUGGAUCAAAUAUGACAUUCAAGGCAGACAGGAAUAUGCCUCAGAGGUUCUAAGACAUGUGCGCUUCCCUCUGCUUUCUGCAGAGUUUUUGAUGGACAGAGUGGCUACAGAAGAAUUGAUUAGAAAUGAUAGGCUUUGCAGUGAUCUCCUUUUUGAGGCAACAACAUGCCUUCUUCUACCACGCCGUAAAUCCCAGAUAGCAAAAGAACGGGUCCAACCAAGACGACCAAUGUCUGUUAAUAAAGUGCUGUAUGCCAUAGGAGGAAUGAGUAGGAGGGAAGCAAGCAAAAGUGGUGAAAAAUUUGACCCUAAAGAAGGCAAAUGGAAACCAAUAGGUGAUAUGAGUAUAUGUCGAUGGGGUGCUGAUGUAGGUGCUCUUGGUCCGUAUCUGUAUAUAUGUGGAGGAAGUGACGAUGCUUCUCGCUUAGACACUGUUGAAAGAUUUGACCCAUUUUCUAAUGUAUGGGUGCCAUCUGUUCCCAUGGCAACGAGUCGUAAUGGGGUAGGGGUAGUUGCUGGCAAUGGAAGGAUUUAUGCAAUAGGUGGUUUUGAUGGCUCAAUGCCGCUAAACACUGCAGAGUAUUAUGACUCUAAAACAGGCCGGUGGACAGAGAUAGCUCGUAUGAAUCAGUGCCGUUUUGGUGUUGGUUGUGUGGUAUUAGACAAUUACGUCUAUGCAGUUGGAGGAUCAGAUGGUACAAAUCUUAAAACAGUGGAACGAUAUGACCCGGAAACAAAUAGAUGGUCGUUUGUUGCUCCUAUGAAUACAGCUAGAAAACAAGUUGGUGUUGCAUCGCUUGGAGGGUAUAUUUACGCUAUCGGAGGAUGCGAUCAUGGUAAGCGCUAUGAUACAGUAGAGCGCUAUGAUCCUGCCAAGAAUGAAUGGCUUGAUGUAUGUUCGAUGAGCACCCCACGCAGUGGGUGUGGAGUAGGUGUCUUGGAUGGUCUUGUGUACGCCGUGGGGGGAUACGAUGGCACUAUGUAUUUACAGUCAGUUGAAAGAUAUGAUCCACUAACGAACCAAUGGUAUCAAGCCCCUCCCCUCAGUCAACCACGUGACUGCGUAGCUGUGUGUGUAGCCACUUCUAAACGAGUUACUUGCUCAAGUAAAAGACUUUUUGAACAUAGAAAUAGCAGCCCACCCUCUUCGAACCACAGCCACUCGAGCUAGCAGUAUGCUUAUUUAUCACGUGACGGAAUAUACAGUUGGCUGUUAUAUCACAACUCGAUUGGUGAGGACCAACAUCAAAUUGAUUGCAUGAGCAUAGCGGGAUAAAGAAAGCCACGAUCAUGCAGCCCUUACCCUUUGAAUUCAUUGAUUGAAUUCAUGGGGACGGGGAGGGGGAAGAAACCUUUAACUGAGUGACUGUUCAGACAAUGUUCUGACGUCGUAUAUGAGUAUCUUCGGCGGCGUUGGGUGGCAAAAAUACGAUGAGCUUUAUUGGAAUUGUACCAUGAGCGAUGGAAAACAACUAUAGUAAAAACCCGCGUAUAAGAACCUAGGUUUUUUCAAGUUAGCCUAAACAGGUUCUUAUAUAAAUGGUAUUUAGUGUUAAAUUAGGCUAACUAGGUUCUUAAUUAGGUUCUUAACUUUUGGUCAAGAAAUAAAAUAAAGUUUCAUUUUAAGUUGGAUUUUUUUAUUCAAUGAGGACAUGUUCUUUACAGUAACCAUGUAAAGUUAUAGUGUUUAUAACAUUAUUGUGUACAGACUGUGUUAUAAAUAUAUUUUUGAAAAGAUUCUAAAUUUUUUUUCUUUUUAAAAAAUAAGAACCUGUUUUAGGGUUUUAGCCUAACAGGUUCUUAAAUUUUAGGUUCUUGUACGCGGGUUUUUACUGUAUUGCUAUCUAUGUGAUAUACCACAAAUUGAUAAUUUAAUUGCAAAAAAAGGGCCAAAACGAAACUCUUCAUGGGUUAACAGAAUGUUAUGAAGUUUUUGUAGUUUUUAUUUAAUUUUCAAAUAACCGUAUCCUUCACUUUCGGCGAGAAUAAAACUCCGGUACUCGAAGUGCUGUCGUAGAAGA